UAAACACACAAUUACAAUGAAUACACCAUUUACUGGUAGAGGAAAAGCAUGGGUUGGAGCUAAUCCCAGUCGACAGUUGGACGGACUUUCGCAGCCUCUGACACGUAAUUUACAAGACAUGGAUCAAAAAGAACUUUUGGCACUUCAUGAAAAGACAAGUGCCAUGUUGAAUAAUCCUACACUUCAUUUACCCGACGGUGGAGCCAAGUUAAGGGCUAAAAUCGAACAAAUUAAUGCGAUUUUAAACAAUGAGAACACGGCGACCAACAGUAUUACAAAUAAGGUAUCAGGUUUAUCAUUAAAUGAAAAGUUGGAUAUCCGUAAAGAGACCAUUGUUAGAUCAAAUCAAGUGCAAGACGUUCAUGCGCACAACUUAUUGCGAGCACACGAUGCCGAUGAACAACAUGCCAGAACAGCACGUAUGAUGAGUCUCGAGGAAUCCAUGAAAUUACAGGAAAUGCAACAAAAUGAUAUCAAAUUGGCCAACAUGAACAAGCGUAUGGAAUCAGUGAGAGGAAGUGUACCAAGUAAAAGCUUAGCGGAUGAUUUAAGUCUGACUAUGGGUGGUUUACAGUUGGAUCCAGAAACACGUAUUCCUCGUCCAGAUGAUGACGGUCCCAGUGAUGAUGAGGGAGAUGAUAUGGAUUCAGACGAUUCAGCUGAUUUCGAAGGUCAAAACUAUCAAAGAUUCGAAGAUGAAGGAUUCGAAGAAGAUGAUGAAGAGUUUGAUGAUGGACAAUUGCAUAACAACAAUAAUCGCAGAGUAUAAAACCUGUCAUAGUGGAGUAUGAAUUUUUUUUUUUUUUUUUUUUUUUUGGGUGGAAAUACCGCUGGAUCCCAUCUAAAAGGCAGAAAAAAUAAAAAUCUACAUAUCUCCUCCG